AUGGGAUGCGGUUAAUUAAAGCAAGACUCAAAAUAACUGGAAGAUAAAAAUUUCAAAUCCAAUGUACCUAUUUCGACUUAGGUUUCCAUGGGAAUGACUGUUAUUUAAAAAACUGAAGCAAUAGACACAGACUACAUUCUUCAUAAACUAGAUCCACUAGCAACUCUACGAUCUUAUAUACGGAAGGGAAUCUCGAAAACAUAGAGUUAAGCACGAAUAAUCAGGACUUAUAAUUGUUCAAAUGCCAGUGUAGAAAGAAAAUAACAAUUAUAAGAGACUAUUAAUCUGUUGUUAUCAUUGAAACAUCUCAAUAUUCAAAGCACUUCUGCCUAUUAUUACUGUGAUUGCAGAUUAAGUUUAAUUGGUGAAUUCAUCGACGGAGGCAACCUUUUAACUUAGCUGGAUAAAUUUAGCUAAUUGCAGCAAUACCAAUAGAUUGAAAUCUUUUGUUAGAUUAUGGCUGGAGUUUAAUACUUACACGAUAAUGGAGUGAUGCAUGGUGAUAUUCGAUUAGAGCACAUUCUAUUUACAAACAGAAAUUUAGAAAAAAUUAAAUUAAUCGAUUUUGGGAUACCAAAUUCAAUCAAAUCAGAAUUCUCAUCGUGGAAACCAAAAAAUACUAUGUAAGAGUUAUCGUUUAAAUCUCCUGAUACUAUCAAAGGACAAUCAACUUUUAAAUCAGAUAUUUAUUCAUGUGGUUGUCUCUUGUAUUUCAUCAUAACCUCUCAUAUGCCAUUUUAGGCUAAUAAUUAUCAAUCCCUAAAAAGUUGCAUCCUUCGUGGUGUUCCUAAUUUUGAUAGUACUGAGUGUACUAACAUGAAUCCCUAAAUGAAGCAGUUAUUAAGCAAGAUGUUGGAUGCCAAUCCUCAGAGAAGACCAUCUGCAUAAGAGGUCCUCAAUCAUCCAGUUUUGAAUAAUAGAAAUAGAAUUAUGUACAAACCUAAUAAAUAAUUGUACAAGCAUAUGAAAGAAUUCAAAAUAUCCUCUUAAAUAUAGGCAGCUAUGUUAAUGUAUAUUGCAGAGAACAUGAUGUCAGAAUAGGAUAAAAAGAGAUUAAUGGAUGAAUUCUAAAAAUAUGAUCUCAAUAAAGAUGGACAAUUGACCAAAGAUGAAUUACUCAAAGUUUAUUCAGAAACAUUGCCUCCUGAGAGGGCUUUAAAAGAAGUGAAUACAAUUUUUAAAAGAAUAGAUGUAAAUGGAAGUGGUAAGAUUGAUUAUUAAGAAUUCAUUAUUGCAACAAUCGAUUAGAAGAAGUAUUUUAAUAGGGAAAAACUCUUAUUGUUAUUUACUUAAAUUGAUAGAGAUCACAGUGGAGAAUUGAGUAGACAGGAAAUCAAAAAAUUAUUAAGAGAUAUGUAGAUACCAAAUAAUAAAUAUGAACAACUAGUUAAAUAAUUGGAUCAAGAUGGUGAUGGAGCAAUAACACAAGAUGAGUUUCUCAAGAUGAUGUUAUAAAUUUGA